AUGGAGGGUGAUAAGUUUUCAUUGAUUGAUGAUAUAAAAUUUAUUGAGCCACAUGACUACAUGGCAAGACUUUUCUAUGCAAUUAUUGUUUUCAACACUAUAUUGAUUGAUUUUGAUAGAGAUAUAUGGGGCUAUAUAUCCUUGACAACCAAGGCUGGUGAGAUUGGGUCCUCGACUAUGCCUCACAAAGUAAAUCUAUUGAUUUUGAAAACAGUGAAGGCAAUCUUGGUAAAGCCAAAUGAAGCUUAUCUCAUCUCGCGUGACUUGACAGAUUCAACUGUUCUGAGGAAUAUGGGCGAAGGCUUAGGACAUUCUCUUCUCACCUACAAAAGUGCAUUGCAGGGAAUAGCAAAGCUUCAGGUUAAUGAAACUCGCUUGAGUGAAGACUUGAAUCAAUCAUGGGAGGUGCUUGCUGAACCAAUACAGACUCCAUACGAGAAGUUGAAAGAGCUAACCAGGGGAAGAGCAGUUACCAAAUAUAGCAUAAAGGAGUUUACUGAAGGCCUGGAAUUACCCGAAAAAGCAAAGGAUUAUCUUUUGGAGUUGACACCCCAUACCUAUGUUGGAGCGGCCAUUGAAUUGGGUCAGACUGUAGAUAUUGCUAUCAACUUGGUUAAUGGGGUGACAACUUUAUAA